UUAAACUGAUAAAUCUUUCAGUGACAUUGCGAACACCACUCCGUUCACACAAACACACUAUGAUAUUGUGAUUGGAUCUGUGCUAAUGUCUCAGACCAUUACAAAAAAGAAGUUUGACUUGUAAUAAAAUUUACAUAAUUGUGCCAAAAUGUGGUUGGUGUGGCUAGUUUUGGGUAUGAUCCUAAUAAAAACAUACAACAAAAUAACAAAUGGGAAAUGUUAUUCGGACAAAGUGAUGAGCGGGAAGGUGGUAAUCGUGACCGGUGGGAACAGUGGUAUUGGGUACCAGACCGCGUUGGAACUCGCCAGGAGAGGCGCCAAAGUGAUCUUAGGCUGUCGUGACGAGGAACGGGGACAGAAUGCAGUACAAUCCAUUAUCAAGAAGACGAAAAAUAGAAGCGUAAGAUAUAUGCAUCUGGAUCUAAGCUCGUUCGCCUCAGUGAGGAAGUUUGUCGAGGAUUUCAAAAAUUCCGAAGCUAAAUUGGAUAUUUUGAUCAACAACGCCGGCGCAAGUGGCGUGCACAGAGAUAAGACUGAAGACGGCUUGAUCCGGGACAUGCAGGUCAAUCAUUUUGGACCGUUUCUGCUGACUGUUCUACUAACGCCUUUGCUGAAGAAGUCUGCGCCAAGUAGGAUUAUUAUUGUGACGUCUACGCUGCAUAGGUUUGGCACCAUCAGUGAUUUAAACAGCCCACAUUCGUUCAUGAGGACAUAUUGCGACAGUAAACUGUGCAAUAUACUGUUCAGUAACGAGUUGGCGCGAAGGUUAGAAGACAGUGACGUUUCUGUCAACAGCCUGCACCCAGGACAUGUCAACACGAGCUUUUACAAAGCGACAAUAUUAGAGAAGUUACGUACUAUGAUACUGUAUACGUUCUUCAAGAAUCCUAUAGAAGGUGCUCAGACGAGUUUGUUUUUGGCGAUUUCUGAUGACUGUGAUCAUAUUACCGGGGGGUACUUUGUGGACUGCAAGGAAGGAUAUAUGGGGAUGAAGGCGAGGAAUGAGGACUUAGCUGCGAAGUUAUGGGAAAUGUCUGAACAGAUGGUAGGUUUAAAACCAGAGGAGCAAAUUUAGAUCAUAAAUAACGUAAUUGAAACUUGAACGCUUAUUUUGGCUGUAAGUUCAAAAUGACUGAUAGUUGUGUUCUGAAAUCAAUUUCGGUUAAAGUGUAAUUUAUUAAUGUUUAGUGCACUGAAAACAAACCAACAUAAAAAAAACCACUGCAAACAACAUUUAUGUUAGUAUUUUAUGAAUAAAUUAUUUUUUAUGCGUA